GAGCGCGCGACAGCUCUGCAUGGCAGCUUCACUUCACCUCACCUCAACUUUACGCAUCUACACCAGCACACCCUAAUCUCCACCACCUCCAACCCUCCAUACAACACACGCCCCGCCCCGCGACGUCCGCAUCCUCCCGAAGAUCACUAUCGUCAUGCCGCGCGCCGAAAUUGGAUCCACCAAGCACCUCGCGAACCAGAUGAAAUCGAAAGGCCUGCAACGCCUCCGAUGGUACUGCCAGGUCUGCGAGCGGCAAAUGCGUGACGAGAACGGGUUCAAGUGCCACACCUCGAGCGAAGCGCAUAUCCGGCAGAUGUUGCUGGUCGGCGAGGAUCCGAAAAAGUUCAUCGAACAGUACAGCCAGCAGUUCAAGCGCGACUUCCUGACGCUUUUGCGCUCCUCCCAUGGCGAGAAGAAAAUCGAUGCAAAUAGGUUCUAUCAGGAGUACAUUGCCAAUAAGGAACAUGUUCACAUGACCAGUACCAAGUGGGUUACGCUUGGUGAGUUCGUGAAAUUCUUGGGAAGGGAGGGGGUUUGCAGAGUUGAGGACGGGGAGAGAGGCCUCAUGGUUGCUUGGAUCGACAAUUCGCCGGAUGCAUUGAAACGGCAGGAGUUUAUUAAGAAGAAGGAGAGGAUGGAGAGGGGCGAUGAGGUGCGGGAGAGGAGGGCAAUCGAGGAGAUGGUGGAAAGGGCGAAGGCGCAGAAGAAACGGGAGGAGGAGGAGGGGCCAAGGGAGUUGGUGCGUGAGGAGGGAGAGAAGGUCAAACUAGAGUUUGGCAAGAAGGCCGAGAGUCCGAAGGCCGAGCAAGGAGCUCAGGCUGGGGCUGAGAUGAAAGAGGAGGUAACAGAGGCCAAGAAAGUCACGCCUCCACCGACAAAGGUGUCGAUGAAGAUGGAAGCGAAGCCUAAGAAGAACGUCUUUGCAUCGAUGGGCAAGAAGGACAAGAGCAGCAAAGGCAAGGAGAAGUCCGAAACGCUGAAACGGCCAAUAAGCGAGGCCGAAAGGAUUAUGAAGGCAGAGAUGGACAAGCGGGUCCGGAAAAAUACCGAGCCAGGGUUCGCGCCUGGUGGGAUCAAACGGCAACGGAUUGGAUAAACUAUUGAGACGUUUAUUAUUUCUACAAUUUGGGAUAUCCGAAGUUCUUAUCUUUGUACAUAAAUUUUUGCGGAUAGUCGUCUGAGUGUUGUGUUUUGACAUAAAUCCCUCAAUUGUUUGCACGAUAUGGAGCUGCUGGUAAUCGAGACACAAA